AUGUCGUCUCACGGCUGGUCAUUGUCGGCCGGUCGCGCGUUGCUCUUGUUGGCAUCGCUGCCUCUUUCCACGGCUCAGGAUCUUCCCGACCCUGCUUUGCCCGUUGCUGACCCUGCUGCUGCCACCACCACCAGCAUUGCGUUCCCUGAGGUCUUUCCUGACGUCGAGGCUCCUGCUGGGCCAUCUACCACAGAGACUCUCGCAGUAGAGCCUUCUACCACGGAUAUUGCUAUCGUGGUGGAACAAACUACCUCAACCGAAGCUCCUGUGGCUGAGACUACCACCUCGAGCUUCAUUCCUGAGGGUCCCGAGACUGUGGAGACACUCAGCACUACUGGUAGCCAGACGACAACGGAGGUACCUGUACAAGACACUACCACUUCCACGGAGGUGCCCGUUCAGGAUACAACUACUUCAACUGAGGUUCCAGUCCAGGACACAACCACUAGCACUGAGCUGCCAGUUGCUCCUACUACAACCUCAAGCUGGAUUCCCGACGCUUCUGAGACUAUCGAGCCGAUCAACACCCCUGGCGCCACGACAACCUCGACGGAGCUCCCUGUCCAGGACACUACCACUAGCACUGAGCUUCCCGUUGAUACUACCACCAGUACUGAGCUACCCGCUGGCACCACAACUUCGACCGAGCUGCCUGUCGAUACCACGACUUCUACUGAAGUUGCUUCCGGUACUACCACCAGCACCGAAGUUCCUGUCGAUACAACAACCUCCACUGAGGUGCCCAUCGAUGCGACAACCUCAACUGAGCUACCUGUAGACACCACUACGACUACUAACGCCUCUGUUGACACUACUACAACGGAGCAACUCCCUGAGACUACUACUACCACCAACCCUGCCGUGGACCCCACCACGACAACUGAGCAGGCCAUAGAUGCUACCACCACCACCGAGCAGCCAGCUGAGGAGACUUCAACCACUGCUGGACAGCCUGCCGACACUACCACCGAUCAACCUCCUCAGCCUACCACCGAGGAUACCAACGAGCCCACCAUCACCCAGCCUCCAGUCCUCACAACAGCUACAGGUGCUGCUGCCACCUCGGCUGUCUCUUCCGUCUCAACUGAGAUCCUGGGUCUCCUCCCCAUCAUCGACUCGUGGAAGGACGACCCUGAGAACCUCAAGGACGAGACCAAGGACAAGGUCGACGAUGUUCAUGACGACAUUAUCGCCGUGAUUGUGAGCCUCGGCGGUGACCCCAACCAGGAAUGUGCUGGAAAGAGGAAGAGAGGUCUGCUUGGACCUAUCGGUGAUAUCAUCAACAGCCUGGUUUGUAUCGCUAAGGACCUCACUGAUAUCUCGGGCAACAUCGUGGUUGGCAAUGUGCCUGCUGUCACUGGAGCCACCGGUGGUGUUCAGUCUCAAACUGAGGACCUCACUGAAGAGGACAAGGACGAGGAUAAGACCGACGAGAAGAGUGAGCAAGAAUCUACCGAGAAGGAAGAGUCCACUACGGAAGAGCCAACCUCGACCACAACCUCUCCCUGCACAGACGACACUGCCGAGCACGUCACCAUCAUCUGCAAGCCAACCACCAUCACCGAAGAUGGCAACGUUCAGACUACAGAGACUUGCUUCGACUCUAUCACGGUCGAAGUCACCGGCUGUUCCGUGACCGAGGCUACAACUGUCAUCUCGACUACUGGCACGGCUGCUGCUAUCACCCCCUGUGCCUCUGGCUCCUGCGGCGGCGGCGAUGCCUGCCCUAUGGACAAUGCUCCCCUUAGUGGCGCUGAUAUGGCCCUUGUCUCGACUAAGGUUGAUUGUGCUGCGGUCUCUACCAUCACCACCUCUGAGGUACCUACUGGUGCCGGAGCUUUCGGUAGCAACCCCGUUACUUCGCCCACGCCCCGUGCCGAGAGCGGAUCCGCUAAGAGGGACUUGGACCGUCGUGUGUUUAUGCACAACACUACUCCUAACCCCUUCUACGUUGCAUCUCUGAACCCUACCUGGGUCAGCCAGAUCGGCGAUGCUUCUGGUCAUUGGUUCGACUAUCCCGCCAUUGGCCAGGGUUUCGCAGGUGUCAACGGCAUCUACGGCUGCACUGCCGUCAUCAUCGUUUCUGACAAGGGUGUCUAUCUGUCUCACAUCUGGGAGAACCCCGUCUUCAUCGACAUAGACUGGAACUGGACAGACGAUGAGUCUUUCAACAGAAACGCCUUUGAGGCUCUCCGUGACGGAACUGACAACGCUCGAAGUGUCACUUCUCUCGUGGGCGACGACGCCAACCCUGGUGUGCUCCACGCCAGCAACAACCCCAUGGUCUUCGUCCUCACCCCCUUCACCGAUGUUCUGAACGAUCCCACGGGCAUUACCACCUUGUUCCGCUACCAGGAACGUGCCCAGCGGCUCGCUGACAGUCUCGUCGGUGUCAUCCCCGGCUCUAGUGGUCAUCUGCUGGGUUACACCCGCACCAACGGCAUUGAUUCCACUGAGCCCAUCGGCACUUGGGGUCGUGCAAUCCUGGAGGUCGACAUGUUCCAGGACAUGAUCAUCACCCCCGAGGAUUCUCCAGCCGGUAGCUGGGCCUUUUCUAUGGGCCGAUGGAGACUCUGGGUUGAGGACGGACUCGUGACUUGGCGCGACUUUAUCGUUGGCGGCAGUGGUAUUCAGCUGAGCGGAUUUGCUACCACUAGCGACGCUCCCGCCCCCGACGCAACUCAGGCUGCUGAGGCCGUGGCGCAGCGUCUUCGAAAGAGAGAUGAUUCGCCUGUUGAAGAGUGCUUGGUUGUGACCCGUGCCAGCACUACGAGUGAGGCUACUUCCAGCGCCACUGAGACGACCCAGACGACCGAGUCCACAGAAUCUACCGAGACGACUCAGUCUACUGAGUCUACCCAGUCGACUGAAACUACUCAGAGCUCAACUGAGACUACCGAUACUACGCAAAGUUCGACUGAAACCUCUGAGACCACGGAAUUAACCCAGUCCACUGAGACUACUGAGUCUACCGCCGUCUCUACUUCUGAGACCUCCGAGGCCACGACCGAGUCUACUCGACCCCCCACCACUCUCAGGACUUCUGUCAUUACCACUACCUCCGCUCCCGACACCAUUUCAGACAAGCCAACCACUACCGAAGCCCCUUUCACUGGACCCGUCCUCUGCGUCAACCAUGGCGGUCCUCGCGUUGCUACACCUUACUGCCAGUGCUCCACCACCACCGAGGGCCAGGUCUUCUACGCCACUGCUCCUCUGAUCUCGUACCACUGCACCGACUACACCACCUUCCCCUCCCCCGUGACUCCCACACCAACCAAGGAAGAGACCCCAUCGCCAACCGCAACAAACCCUAACGCCGACGUCCCCGAAGUUGAAUGCUCCACGCCCGACGACUGCGGCGACUGGGAAGGAAACUGCCACUUUGCCAACGACAACAACCACGUCGUCUGCCUCGCCACCGACUGGCACGACGUAAACGGCGUCCCAACCUCCGGAAAAGCCAUCUGCGAAUGCCUCAUCCGCGAGAAACCCGCUGACCCGCCAAAGGGCACCAACCCCAACGCCGACGUGCCAGAGGUCGAGUGCUCUACGCCUGACGAUUGUGGUGACUGGAAGGGAGACUGCGCGUUUGGACCUUCGAGCAACCAUGUGGUUUGUCUUGCGACUGAUUGGCACACAGUGAAUGGUGUGCCAACUUCGGGCAAGGCUAUUUGCGAGUGCAUGGUUAGUGAGGCGUAG